AUGGUGAGCAUAUUUGGUUCUUCCAUGGCCAAUGGUAGGUUUGCCCUAGGUUCUAGUGAGCCACUUGGGGUGAUCAAUGUUGACAAUGUUGCUGCUAAGAUAGAGGGCCAUGGCUUCACCACUGCUGCUGAUGUCAAAGCCAGCCCUGAGAUGGGUGAGGGCAGCAAGGCAACUGAGCUACUAACUUCCACUGUUGGAGUAAAGAGAAAGAGGGGUAAUUUCACCUCUGCACUUAGAGAGACUAGGCCUGCACAUGUGGAUCCUGACCUCUAUCUUACAGUCAUGGAGAUGGCUGGUUUCACCACUGAAGCUCUCAUUGUUGCCUACACCUACCUGCUGGAGAACAAGGCCCUUGGUAGGGACUUUGUGAACAUGGCAAUCGGCCAUAGGGAUAUUUGGCUGAGGAACUACCUUGCCAAGAACUACUAUAUGUAG